AUGGCUAAACUACUACAACCUCCGCCCAAGUUCCUGCCCUCGGAAUGGCACAUUGCUAACAAGAGCCAGUACCACAGAGCAGAGGCACAAAGGUCCCGAUCUGAACGCCUGGUGGCAGAAAGCCAGAGGCUUGUGGACGAGAUUGAAAAGACCACAAGAAAAUCUCAAAGCGAUGUGAACAAGAAACUAGAACAGAGACUCGAGGAAGUCAGGUUCUGGAAGAAGGAGUUAGAUGAUAAACUUGAGCAGCUUGUGUGUGAAACUGAGGAUCUACUCACAUAUAAGACCAGACUGGAAAAAGCCUUGGAGAGCUUUAAAGAGCCCUUGCGCAUCACUGAGACAUGCCUGGCAUACAGGGAGAAGCGUGUUGGUAUUGACCUGGUGCACGAUGAGGUGGAGCAGGAGCUGAUAAAGGAGGCUGAGAUCAUCCGGGGCGUGAUGGCGCUGCUGACGCGCACCUUGGAGGAGACCUCUGAGCAGGUCAGGCUGAACCGCUCUGCCAAGUAUCAUCUUGAAAAGGACUUGAAGGACAAGUUUGUGGCCCUGACCAUUGAUGACAUCUGCUUCACACUCAACAACAACUCACCAAACAUCAGAUAUUCUGAUAACGUUGUGAGGAUUGAACCAAACUCUGUGAGUCUGGAAGACUGGCUGGACUUCUCCAAUGCAAACGUGGAGAAGGCUGACAAGCAGCGGAACAACUCACUGGCAUUGAAGGCCCUGGUGGACCACAUCCUAUCCCAGACGGCCAACGACCUGCGCCAGCAGUGCAAUGUAGUGGACACAGCGUUCAAGAACGGGCUGAAGGAGACCAAGGAUGCCCGGGACAAGCUGGCUGUCCAUCUGGCCAAGGUCAUGGAAGAAAUUGCAUCCCAGGAGAAAAAUAUUACAGUUCUCGAAAAAGCCAUCCUUGACCAAGAAGGGCCUGCCAAGGUGGCCCAUACGCGCCUGGAGACCAGGACUCACCGGCCUAACGUGGAGCUGUGUCGCGAUGUCGCACAGUAUAGGCUGAUGAAGGAGGUUCAUGAGAUCACCCACAACGUUGCAAGAUUAAAGGAAACCUUAGCCCAAGCUCAGGGAGAGCUGAAAGGGCUGAGUCGCAGACAGUUGGCCCUGCAGGAGGAGAUCCAGGUCAAAGAGAACACCAUCUACAUCGAUGAAGUGCUGUGCAUGCAGAUGAGAAAGUCCAUCCCUCCACGCGAUGGGGAAGACCGUGGGGGCUGGGCCGGGGGCCUCCGCCCUGAUGCUGUGUGCUAA